GCAUUCUUGUGGUUGAUAAUAAUAUGAGGGGCAAAUUGCAGUUUUUGCUAUUUCAUUUUCGCCUUCUUUAUGAUCCGUUAUUGCAAAAUGAGUCCGGUACUUAAUUUGUAACGUAAAAACGGCCCCACUCACGUGACCCCUCACCACGUGCCUACCUAACGGACUCGUCACGAAUGUAACGCCUCCCCCUGCAGAUUUUCCCCAACUCCAAUUUCCUUAACGGCGCCAUCCCUAAACGUCUUCUUUUCACGUCCGUCUACUCCUCUCCGUUUCCGUCAACUUGACGCCGUCCAUGGCCUCGUGUGACGACGACUUUUCCCUCCUCGACGACCACCAAAACCCUAACUCCGCCCAACCAUCCACCGCAACCACCACCCAAACCCCGCCGUAUCAAAUCAACCCUUACGACCAUGAUUCAGACCCCUUCGACUCCGAGCCCGACCCGAAUACCUUAUCGGGGAAGCGCCUGGCCGAUCGAGAUGAAAUCCACUUGGGUACAUCGAAGAGGAGCAGAUUGCCCGGCUCUGGUGGGAGCGGAGACUACAGGAAGGAUAGGGAAGAGUGGAGUGACACGGCGAUUGCGUGUUUGCUGGAGGCGUACAGCGAGAAGUUUAUGCAGUUGAAUAGGGGGAAUUUGAGGGGUAGGGAUUGGGAAGAGGUGGCGGCGAUGGUGAGUGAGAGGUGCGAAAAUCAGACCAAGAGCGUGGAGCAGUGUAAGAACAAGGUGGACAAUUUGAAGAAGCGGUAUAAGUUGGAAAGGCAUCGAUUAAGCAACGGCGGCGUAUCUGCGAGCCACUGGCCCUGGUUCAAGCAGAUGGAGCAGAUCGUCGGUAAUUCUCUUGCCGCUAAAGCUGCGGCUGAGGAGGAGAAGUCCUCCGCUGGUGGCGGGGUGUCCUACUCGACUAGGCAGUCCAAGAGAUUGGGAACAAUAACCAAUAGUCCUGGUGGUCAAAUUAAUAGCGUGAAGUCCAAACCAUCAAAUAACCUUAGGUGGCGAAGGGUUGUGUUCAAAAUUAGUGGAGCUGCUCUAGCUGGAAGUGCUCCUAAUAGUGUUGAUCCUAAUAAUAUUGAUCCAAAGGUGGCGAUGCUGAUUGCAAGAGAAGUAUCAUUAGCAUGCAAUGUUGGUGUUGAGGUGGCUAUAGUUGUUGGUGGCCGCAACUUCUUUUGUGGAGACACAUGGGUUACAUCAACUGGUUUGGAUAGGUGUACCGCCUAUCAGAUUGGAAUGAUGGCAACUGUGAUGAAUUCCAUACUACUGCAGUCUGCUUUGGAGAAAUUGGGCGUGCAGACACGUGUGCAGAGUGCAUUUUCUAUGCCAGAAGUUGCCGAGCCUUACAGUAGGCAACGAGCCAUUCGGCAUCUUGAAAAGGGAAGAGUUGUAAUUUUUGGUGGUAUAGGAGCCGGAACAGGGAAUCCACUCUUCUCCACAGAUACAGCUGCAGCCCUUCGAGCGUCGGAGAUUCAUGCUGAUGCUGUCCUGAAAGGAACAAAUGUCGAUGGUAUCUAUGUUUGUGACUCCAGAAACAACAGCAUAGCAGCGGAACAUAUUUCCUUUAGGGAGUUGGCUUCCCGGGGCACGUUUCCGAUGGACAUGAUGGCUGUGACAUUCUGCGAGGAGAACGGGAUUCCAGUUGGCAUUUUCAAUCUUCACGAGCCUGGAAAUAUAUCAAGGGCAUUAUGUGGAGAAAGGGUUGGAAUACUGAUUGAUCAGACAGGUCCGGUGAGUUGAUACUUGAAUUUGGCUUCACGAUACACAUGACUAUUGAAUUUCUUAUUCUAUGUAAUUGGUGCUAGCUAUCAUAUCAUCUCUGGCAAAAGGGGUGAAUUUGCCAAGAGCAUUUAGAAGUUGUAGCUGUUUGUACAAUAUGUACAAGUUGGAAAUGUUUGUGUAGUGCCAUAAAGAAACCAUGUGAGAAUGAGUUCCCUCUUAAUCAGUAAAAGCUCCUAAUCUUACACUAAAUUAAUCCUGUCUUU